AUGACAUCCCCAACCCUAGAAAUCCACAACCCAAACCCCUGCCCCACCACCCCCCGCUCCCCCAGCUUAACCCUCACCUCCUUUGGCGCCCACACCCUCAAACCCUCCGUCCCCGUCUACCUCCCCUGGAACCUCACAAGCCGCGAAUUCCACGCCCUUCUCCUAUCCAACCCAGAAGACUGUAAAACCUUGUUCCCGCAACACCAGCCCAACUUUGGUUUUCCUGCAUUACGGGAGUGGCUGUCACGGCUCUUGGAUACGCUUUCUACCCAGAGCGAUGAGGAACAUGCCUUUCACGCGCAUCCGUAUAAGUUGCGUAAGCUAGAUAUUGAAUCUGUAGAUUGGUGGUUUGAAGGGAGACUGGGGUUUAUGAAGUUGCAGGCUGAGAUUCGGAAUGAUGAGGAAGAGGAUAACUGGAUUCCUGGGGCUGUGUUUUUGAGGGGUGGUAGUGUUGCUGUUCUUAUCCUCAUACACACCCCCUCCUCAACUGAACCCCACGUCCUCCUAACCCUCCAACCCCGCAUCGCAGCCUCCACCCUCUCCUUCACCGAGAUACCCGCCGGCAUGCUCGACGACUCGGGUAAUCUCGCUGGUAAAGCCGCACAGGAAAUCAGCGAAGAAGCACAUUUAACUGUUCACCACACUGAGCUCCUCAAUAUGUCGGAGCUCGCCACAGAAAACUCCCUAAAAGAGGAAGGAUUGAGAAAUGCAAUGUACCCCUCCCCCGGCGCCUGCGACGAAUUCAUCCCCUUAUUCCUCUGUCAGAAACGACUAACAUCGCGACACAUGGAGUGGUUGGAAGGACGGGUGACGGGGUUGAGGGGGGAAGGGGAGAGGAUUACGUUGAAGCUUGGUAAAUUGAGUGAGUUGUGGAAGGUGGCUGCGAGGGAUGGGAAGGCGCUUGCUGCGUUGGCGUUGUAUGAAGGGUUGAAGAGAGAGGGGAGGAUUCCGGAUGUUUCUGAUGAGGUGGAGAGAGAGCCUGAGGAGUUGUAG